AGCUCACAGCCGCAACCGGCACAGCCAUGCCCAGGCAAGAACCCAGGAUGCUGAAUGGCUCUCAGAUGCUCCUGGUGUUGCUGGUGCUCUCGUGGCCGCCGCAUGGGGGCGCCCUGUCUCUGGCCGAGGCGAGCCCCGCAAGUUUCCCGGGACCCUCAGAGUUGCACUCCAAAGACUCCAGAUUCCGAGAGUUGCGGAAACGCUACGAGGACCUGCUGACCAGGCUGCGGGUCAACCAGAGCUGGGAAGAUUUGAACACCGACCUCGUCCCGGCCCCUGCAGUCCGGAUACUCACGCCAGAAGUGCGGCUGGGAUCUGGCGGCCACCUGCACCUGCGUAUCUCUCGGGCCGCCCUUCCCGAGGGGCUCCCCGAGGCCUCCCGCCUUCACCGGGCUCUGUUCCGGCUGUCCCCGACGGCGUCAAGGUCGUGGGACGUGACACGACCGCUGCGGCGUCAGCUCAGCCUUGCAAGACCCCAGGCGCCCGCGCUGCACCUGCGACUGUCGCCGCCGCGGUCGCGGUCGGACCAACUGCUGGCAGAGUCUUCGUCCGCACGGCCUCAGCUGGAGUUGCACUUGCGGCCGCAAGCCGCCAGGGGGCGCCGCAGAGCGCGUGCGCGCAACGGGGACCACUGUCCGCUCGGGCCCGGGCGCUGCUGCCGUCUGCACACGGUCCGCGCGUCGCUGGAAGACCUGGGCUGGGCCGAUUGGGUGCUGUCGCCACGGGAGGUGCAAGUGACCAUGUGCAUCGGCGCGUGCCCGAGCCAGUUCCGGGCGGCAAACAUGCACGCGCAGAUCAAGACGAGCCUGCACCGCCUGAAGCCCGACACGGUGCCAGCGCCCUGCUGUGUACCCGCCAGCUACAAUCCCAUGGUGCUCAUUCAAAAGACCGACACCGGGGUGUCGCUCCAGACCUAUGACGACUUGUUAGCCAAAGACUGCCACUGCAUAUGAGCAGCCCUGGUACUUCCACUGUGCACUUGCGCGGGGGACGCGACGUCAGUUGUCCUGGCCUGUGGAAUGGGCUCAAGGGUCCUGAGACACCCGAUUCCUGCCCAAACAGCUGUAUUUAUAUGUCUGUUAUUUAUUAUUAAUUUAUUGGGGUGACCUUCUUGGGGGACUGGGGGGCUGGUUUGAUGGAAUUGUGUAUUUAUUUAAAACUUUGGUGAUAAAAAUAAAGCUGUCUGAACUG